CGUUUGCGUGCGGCUUCGCUGGGUGCUGGGUCUCGCCAUCUGCCCUGGCGCUGCUUACUGGGCGGGAGCUUGGCUGCGCGGCUGCGCUGUCUCUCCUGGGUGCGGCUGCCCGUGUGGGGGCCCGCGGCUGAAUAGCAUGGACGCGGGCCUGGACGCGAGCACUGCCAUUGUCAUCGGCUCCAAACACGGCCAGUCGCCGCGCGACCGCACGCUGCUGUUCAAGCCGGCGGAGCACACGCUGCUGGACGCGCUGACGGCCGCCGGCAUUGAGGUUGCCUACAGCACGGGUGACACGGUUGAGAUCAUCUACCUGCUGGACAGCACCCGGGCGCAGCAGGCGGCCCAGAUCCUCACAGACCUCAACAACACCGCCUGCGUCACCACCACCACGACCUGCUGGUACGGCCGCAUGCGGGGUGUGUACUGGGGCGACAGCCUGGCCACCAUCGGCCUGGCGCCGCCCGCCCAGGACCCGCGCAUGCCCGACGUCGUCGUCGACACGCAGCCGGGCGUCAUUGUGGACGGCUCCAAGGCCAAGCUGAGUGAGCACGGCGGCUUCUCCGCCUUUGACGACCGGUCCGUGGGUCUGCUGGUCGCCUCGCCCGCCCUCACCAGCACGGCGGCAGGCAGCCGCUGCGCCGCCCCCGUGCUGUCCAAGUCGGUUGCGCCCACCAUCCUGGCGCUGCUGGGCAUCAGCCCCAACAGCCUGGCCGGCGUCCGUCAUGAGGGCACGCCCGUGCUUCCCUGCCUGGCGUAAUGUUGACAUGACACGCAUGAGCGCAAGCACUGCCGCCGUACCGCCGGUAUUUUGGCGACAUACGGUACAAUGCAACGUAUGCACUGCGGCGCGGCAGCAGGCGCAGCGAGCAACUCACAUGGGUUGUGGCGCCACCCAUCGGCUGUGUCGGCUGGAUGGUUCGCCCAGCCAGUAGUAACAAGUUGCUAAUUACAUUCGGAAUUCGGGCUAGGUUCGGACAGAUGGGCACUGCCCAACGGGAGGCCGGGAGUUCGUUAGCUAGGUGGGCCAUUUUGCGUGAUGCUGAGGCCACUGGCGAUGAAGGCGACUAUCGAUGCCGCAGCGCCGCUGCUGUCUUGAGCAACACAGGUCGGGGCCUAUAGGUAUUGCACCAGGAUGCACGACCUUGCACGCAUGCAUCGCAUUGGUAGUACGCUUGCAUGCUGGGUCAACUACUACGGGAGGCCCUUCGUGCCCUGCCCGAUGGGGGCCUCAACUCUGUAAACAAUUUUCCAA